AUGGAAUUACUUUUGGAAAAUAAAAUAAUUUAUUUAGGUUUAGCUCUUCGUCAUGUUUAUAAAAAAUCAAAUGUUCAACCAGUUGUUAAUUCAUCAGAAAAUGAACAUGUUUAUCGUAUGCCUGGUUUAUUAGGUGAUGCAAGAGAAUAUAUGAUUGAAAGAUUUUAUAGAAAUGAAAAUAGUGAAGAUGAUUCUGAAUAA